UAUUACUUAACCAGCAUGCACAAAAUAGCCAAUUCAUCUAUACAUAUAUAGCACCCUUCAUCUAUCACUCUAUCUAUAUCCUUCCCUCAUACAUCUUCCUAAAAUUAAAGUUUACUUGGAGCUUAUUUAGAUUGUAAAUUGAUAAUAUGCUAGGGAAAAAGAUUGUAUCGAUCAAGAAGUUAGCGAAAAAGGUGAAGGUUGUAAGUGGAGUUGAAUCUGACCCUGUUCACUCUAAGUUAUUGAAGGAUUAUGAAGAAAAUAAAAAACACCCAAUCACCAAAAAAAUUGGGUCAAAAAAAAGUGGUGUUUUUGCACUAUAUGUUGGAGAGGAGCGACAAAGAUACGUGGUUCCAACCCGUUACCUUUGUCACCCGUUAUUCAAGAUGUUGUUGGAGAAGGCUUACGAUGAAUUUGGUUUUGAACAGAGGAAUGGUUUGGUAGUUCCAUGUAGUGUUUCAGCAUUUCAUCAGGUGGUCAAUGCUAUUGAAUGUAACAAUUGCAAGUUUGACAUGAGAAAUAUUUUUGCUGAGUUGGUUUGAUGUAACUGCAUAACACACACAAAUACAUUUAAGUAUAGCCCUUUUUUACUGGUUAUUAAUUAAGAUUAAUUACACUAGAAGUCAGUUAUUUUGAUGGUUAGAGUCUCUAGAAUUGUAAGUGUUUCAAAUUUGAUUCAAGCUCCAAUCUGAUCUAAGCUUCACUCAACAGAACUCACUCACCACAGACAUCUUUGGUUCUUCGAAGCUAUGACUAGACUUAACUUAACGGACUGAGACACGGGAAGGGCGCAAAUCCUCUUCAUGAAUCUGUUUUAUUCAAGGUUUUUGUCUCUUAGUAUAUUAGAGUCUUCGCGUAUAUAAAUAGUGCAUCACAGAACAAGAAAAAUACACAUUUUGUAUCCAAUCUACCUCUCACUCUUUUCAAAUAAACACUCACUUGAACGUGAGAGUGUUUGCAGAUACCAUCUAAGAUCAAAGUUAAGAAACAACUGUUUGCAGAUACCGUCUAGGAUCAAAGUUAAGAAAUGUUGUUUGAGAAUCAAAAUCGAUCAUUGAACUCGGUUUAGUUGGUAUCAACAAGUAUAAUCUUGUUCAUCAUCACGAGAAUUCUCAAGGAAUUUAAGAAAGUAGGGAUGUAAAUUUGAUAGUGGAAGUGACUUCAUUAAAAUUUAUUUGCCCCCUUCUUCCAAAUAUAUGCUAAUAUGUGUAACUAAUUUUUAACAUUUCUAAUAGUUUGUAACAUAUUUCUAA